CCACCAUGAGUUAUAUCCUAAGAAGUCUGAGCAAAAAGAAAGAUGUCGACAAUGCAAUCAAGACGUGUGAAGAUAAGGUCUUGGUGAUGAGGUUUGGAAGAGAGACUGACGGAGUUUGUCAGCAACUGGAUGAUAUCCUGGCCAAGACCUCCCAUGACUUGUCUCGUAUGGCUGAUAUAUACAUUGUGGAUGUGGAUGCAGUGCCAGUCUACACAAGAUACUUUGACAUCUCUCUGAUUCCAGCAACUGUUUUUUUCUUUAAUGGUCAACACAUGAAAGUUGAUUAUGGCACACCAGACCACACCAAGUUUAUCGGCAGCUUCAAAACCAAACAGGAUUUUAUAGACCUGGUGGAGGUGAUACUGAGAGGGGCUUUAAGAGGAAAACUGAUUGUAAACAGCCCCAUAGAUCCCCAAAAUGUUCCUAAGUACAAUCUUCUAUACAAAGACAUCUAACAAUGAUUGAAAUUUUUUG